AUGCUCCGCGAAGCCACAGCCGCCGGCGACCGCUCGCCCACCUCGCCCUUUGGCAGCAACGGCAGCAGAGGCGGCACGCCCGCACCCGCGUCCACCAGCGCAACAGCGACGGCGCUCGACGACAUCUUCGGCGACGAAGCGGCGCCGGAGCCGCCUGCGGUGCAGCAUCGGCUCGACGACGUGUUUGGCGACUCCUCUGACGACAACGACGACGACAACGACGAUGGUGGGGUGCAGCAGCGGAGCAACGCCAAUGCCGACGCCAAUGGCGACAAUGACGCCCCGUCUGCCCGCCGCACCGUCUCGGAUAUCCCGCGCCUGCGCAGCGUGCACGUCACAGCGGGGUACCGGGACGGGAUCGCAUCGAGCAAGAGCGCGCACGUGCAGGCCGGCUUCGACGAGGGGUACCCGCUCGGCGCGGUGCUAGGGCUGCGCGCGGGGUGGCUGCUGGGCGUGCUUGAAGGGGUGGCGGUUGCGUUGCGGGGGGUUGGGGGCGAGCGGUUCGAGGUUGCGAGGGAUAGGGUGAGGGAUGCGCGGAGGGAGCUCGAUGUCGGGGUUUUGUGCGGCGAGGAGUAUUUUGAUGCGGAGGGCGUGUGGAGGUUUAGUGUUGGUGAGGGUGAGGGUGUGGGGGAGGUCACGUUUGAGACGGUCGCGGCGGCGCAUCCGGCGCUGGUUAGGUGGGCGGGCGUUGUGGCUAGUGUGGCGGGGGAGGAGGGCGUGGAUUUGGGGGUUUUGGAUCGGAGGCCUGCGGAUAGGGGAGAUGAGGAGGAGGGUGUGGGGGAGGGAGUAGGAGAGGAGGAAGUCGAGGCGGCUAAGACGGCGGUGGUGGGGUGA